AUGAAUGAGGAAUCUACGUUUUUCAGGUUAGCUGCAGAAGCCAUUGUUGCAACAUCGUUGAAUGCCAAUAAUGUGGACCCAACGAUAAGAGAGCUACUUAAUAGAAUUAAUUAUAAUGAUAAUAUGGCAACGGCUCGUAUACCUGGAAUGCUAGAUGUUACCGGUGUGUCUAAUCACGCUAACCUGAACACAACUGCACAUUUAUCACCAAAAUCUCUACCCAGUAUGCAAACUGUGGAGUUGAGCCAUAUACCUUCCUCACAAUCAACCUCCUCGAGCCUCCAUACGCACACAGAUAAAUCGAAUAAGGUGGCAAAACGUGUAAGGAAGGAUAGUUAUGAUAAUAAACGAUAUCCAUGCUCUAAAUGUGAAUUAAUCUUUUUAAGAUCAUCUGACUUGAGGAGGCAUGAGAAGGCACAUUUAUUAGUCUUGCCUCACAUCUGUUCGCAAUGUGGGAAGGGAUUUGCAAGAAAGGAUGCCCUUAAGAGACAUUUCAAUACUCAGACAUGUCAGCGUAAUAGAAAGAAGUUGAUGGAAAUUGCAGGCGGUAACAUUAAUGAGUUGUUGGAAAGAGCUAGAGUUAAUGGUACAAGUUUAUAA